CAAACAUGAAAGUUAAAUCAUAUGGUAACAUCUGGGUCUACAUUAUUAUCACACUCCCAACCCUACUCACUUCUUUCCUACUGAUCAUCACUUUAAAGUCAUAAUCUUCUGGUGACUAGUUUCAGUUUCUCACAUAGAAAGUUCAAAUUUCUUGAGAGAUUGGAAAUUGGAAAUGGGGAUUGUAACAUGCAUUUCUCUGGUGAUUAUGGUCACAGUUUUCUGCCCUUCUUCCCUUGCUCUCACCCUGGAUGGUCUGACCUUGUUGGAAAUAAAAAGUGCUUUGAAUGAUACUAAGAAUGCUCUGAGCAACUGGCAAGAGUUUGAUGAGACUCCUUGUAGAUGGACUGGUAUCUCUUGCCACCCUGGCGAUGACCAAAGAGUUAGCUUCAUAAAUCUUCCAUACAUGCAACUUGAAGGAAUUUUAUCUCCCAGCAUUGGUAAACUCAGUGGACUACAAAGACUGGCACUUCAUGAGAACAGCUUGCAUGGAACCAUUCCUAAUGAACUUACCAACUGUUCUGAUCUAAGAGCACUGUACUUGAGGGGUAACUUUUUCCAAGGAGGCAUACCGUCAAACAUUGGAAAUCUUUCAUCUUUGAAUAUAUUGGAUUUAUCGGGUAACUCAUUGAAAGGUGCCAUACCUUCCUCUAUUGGCCGUCUCUCACAGUUGCAAAUUCUGAACUUGACUACCAAUUUCUUUUCUGGUGAAAUUCCUGACAUUGGAGUACUCAGCACCUUUAGCAAACACUCGUUUGAGGGAAAUUCAGAUCUUUGUGGGCGGCAAAUCGAAAAGCCAUGUCGGACAUCACUUGGUUUUCCUGUGGUGCUCCCCCAUGCUGAAAGUGAUCAAGCCGCAGUCCCUGCCAAAAGGUCUUCAGGUUACAUGAAGGUACUGUUAUUUUAUGCAAUUGCAAUUAUGGGUGUCGCACUUGUCAUGGUGCUUUCAUUUCUGUGGACUCGUUUGAUAUCAAAGAAAGAACGAGCUGCAAAGAGAUACACGGAAGUCAAGAAACAAGUUCAUCCAGUAACAAGCGCAAAAUUUAUUACAUUCCAUGGUAAUCUGCGACACACAUCGUCUCAGAUCAUAGAGAAGCUGGAGUCUCUAAAUGAAGAGAAUUUAUUAGGAUCCGGAGGAUAUGGUACUGUUUACCUAAUGGAGAUGAAUGAUGGUGGUCUAUAUGCUGUUAAACGGAUUGAUCGAAGUUGUGAAGUGUCCGAUCAAGUGUUUGAAAGGGAACUCGAGAUCUUGGGGAGCAUCAGACACAUAAAUCUUGUAAAUAUGCGUGCUUACUGCAGGCUUGGUUCUUCAAGAUUCCUUAUCUAUGAAUAUUUGGUCUUAGGCAGCUUAGAUGAUGCCUUGAAUGAAAAUACUCAAGAAAUCGUACUACCGCACUGGAGUGAUCGCCUAAGGAUAGCUCUUGGUUCUGCCCGGGGUUUGGCUUACUUGCACCAUGAAUGCAGCCCAGAAAUUGUUCACGGUAAUAUAAAAUCUAGAAACAUACUCCUUGAUGAAUGCAUGGACCCACAUAUAUCCGACCUUGGCCUUGCAAAGCUUUUGCUCGAUGAGGAGGCACAUGUUACCACAGUGGUAGCUGGCACAUUUGGUUAUUUGGCACCAGAGUAUCUACAAAGUGGAAGAGCAACUGUGAAGUCGGAUGUGUAUAGCUUUGGAGUUCUUUUAUUCGAACUUGUAACUGGGAAGAGGCCAACGGAUCCUUCUUUUGUGAGAAGAGGUUUAAAUGUUGUUAGUUGGGUGAACACAUUACUGAGAGAUAACAAAUUGAACGAGGUGGUGGACAAAAGAUGCAAAGGUGUAGAUGAAGGAACCCUUAAAAUUAUUCUUGAGCUAGCAGCAAGAUGCACAGAUGGAAAUGCAGAUGAUCGUCCAUCAAUGAACCAGGUGUUACAGUUGCUGAAACAAGAGGCUAUGCCUCCUCAAUUCCAGUUUUGUGAGUCUGAUUCAGAUUACUGACGACAAAAGUAAAUCCUAUCCAAUCAUGCUGUUUCCACCGCACCGUUACUGUGUUCCCUUUUCCUUUGUGACAUUCUAGUUUUACUUUGUUGCAAAUGUCCUCUUCUGAAUAAGCUAAACACUUAUCCCCUUCAAUGUUGUCCCCUUCAACGUUGCAGUGGGUUUUUAUAUUUGGAAUGGCCUCCAUUCCAGCAAUGCUAUCACUUUAUCGUACAAUAUUGGUCAA